GAGAGGUUGGGGGGGGGGGGGGGCAAGCGGAGGAGGACGAGCCGAGCCACCUCGAGACGCAGUGGGGCCACAGUCCGAGCACAUCGCCGCACCGACCGACGCGCCAGCAUCACUGCAGCUUCUUUCCCCCCUCCCCCCCCUCCCCCCCGCCUCCUCCCCGGCCUUUUCUCUGUUUAUUACCUCUCUCUCUGUCUCUCUCUCUCUCUCUCUCACUGAAUCGACUGAUCGAGAAGAAGACUGUGUGGCUCAAGCCUUGCAGCAUGGAGACCUCGCAGAAAAAGACGCACUAAAAACGUGUCUUUUACCGGGUGACGAGAGAGCGAGAGCGUCUACGUGUGCACUGACAAAAAUGAAGAAGUUCAACAUCAGGAAGGUGUUGGACGGCUUGAAAGAGGCGUCCUCCUCGUCCUCCUUCACCCACUCCUCCUCCAACCCGUCGGUCCAAGUGGGCCUGCAGGAGAACCAUCUGCUCCAGGAGCACCUCCAGUCUGAGCAUUUCCAGCUCUGUAAGACUGUCCGUCAUGGCUUCCCGUACCAGCCGUCGUCCAUGGCGUUCGACCCCGUGCAGAAGAUCCUGGCCGUCGGCACUCAGAGCGGAGCGCUCAGAUUGUUCGGUCGUCCGGGUGUGGAGUGUUACUGCCAGCACGAGAGCGGGGCGGCCGUCAUCCAGCUACAGUUUCUCAUCAAUGAGGGGGCGCUGGUGAGCGCCCUGGCGGACGACACAGUGCACCUGUGGAACCUGAGGCAGAAGAGACCGGCUAUCCUGCACUCGCUCAAGUUCAGCAGAGAGAGGAUAACCUUCUGCCACCUGCCCUUCCAGAGUAAGUGGCUGUACAUCGGCACAGAACGGGGAAACAUCCACAUCGUCAACGUGGAGUCCUUCAUGCUCUCAGGCUACGUCAUCAUGUGGAACAAAGCCAUUGAACUGUCCUCCAAGGCUCACCCUGGACCCGUCGUCCACAUCAGUGACAACCCCAUGGAUGAGGGCAAGCUGAUAAUUGGAUUCGAGUCCGGGAUCGUGGUCCUGUGGGAUCUCAAAUCAAAGAAGGCCGACUAUCGCUACACUUAUGAUGAGGCGAUCCACUCCGUUGCCUGGCAUCACGAGGGCAAGCAGUUCGUGUGCAGUCACUCAGACGGGACGCUGACCAUCUGGAACGUGAGAGGCCAGGGCAAGCCCGUACAGACAAUCACACCUCACGGGAAGCAGCCCAAGGAUGGAAAGAAGCCAGAGCCUUGUAAACCCAUUCUCAAAGUGGAGUACAGAACCACCAGGAUUGGAGAGCCCUUCAUCAUCCUGUCCGGCGGUCUCUCCUACGACACGGUGGGCCGGCGGCCGUGCCUGACGGUCAUGCACGGGAAGAGCACGGCCGUCCUGGAGAUGGACUACCCCAUCGUGGACUUCCUCACCCUGUGCGAGACGCCGUAUCCCAACGACUUUCAGGAACCUUACGCUGUGGUGGUCCUUCUGGAGAAGGACUUAGUGGUGAUCGACCUCGCACAAAACGGCUACCCCAUCUUCGAGAACCCCUACCCGCUGACCAUCCACGAGUCCCCGGUGACCUGCUGCGAGUACUUCGCCGACUGCCCCGUGGACCUCAUACCAGCGCUUUAUUCGGUUGGCUCGCGACAGAAGCGCCAGGGCUACAGCAAAAAGGAGUGGCCUAUCAGUGGGGGCAACUGGGGUCAAGGCACGCAAAGCUACCCAGAGAUCAUCAUUACAGGGCAUGCUGAUGGAACGGUGAAGUUUUGGGAUGCGUCUGCAAUAAUGCUCCAGGUGCUCUACAAACUGAAAACGGCCAAGGUGUUCGACAGGAGCCGCUCCAAAGACGACAAGGGCGGCGCCGAGGCGUCCGACGAGGACCCCUUCGCCAUCCAGUUGAUGGCCUGGUGCGCCGAGAGCCGCAUGCUGUGCGUGGCAGGCGUGUCGGCCAACAUCAUCGUCUAUCGCUUCAGCAAACUGGAGGUCACCACCGAGGUGGUGCAGCUAUUAGAGGUGCGAAUGCAGUACGAGCUGAACGACAUGGAGUCCCCCGAGGGCGGCGGUGGGGAGCACGCGUCGGCGCACCCCACCCCGGGCGCUUCCCCGCAGACGAGCGGCCCACCUUCGCACCCCUCCAGCAGCAGCAGCAACUCUGACGGGAGCAACAUGCCCUGCCUCAAGGUGCGUAGCACUCCGCUGAAGCAGUCUCCGGGUUACCAGGUGGACUUAGUGGUCCAGCUGGUGUGGGUGAGCGGGGAACCUCCUCAACAGAUCACCAGCCUGGCUCUUAAUUCCUCAUCCGGCCUGGUGGUGUUCGGCAACAGUAACGGCGUUGCGGUGGUGGACUAUAUCCAGAAGACGGUGGUGUCGAACCUGGGGACGCUAGAGCUGUACGGGUCCAACGAUCCGUACCAGAGACAACCGCGCUCACCCAGAAAGUCUCGACAGCCCUCUGGAGGUCUGUGUGACAUCAACGAGUGCUCGGCCACAUCAGAGGACCGCUGCAAGUCUCCCACUUCAGUGUUGAUGUCAAACAGCAAUCUCCAGCAGUUCUACAAUGGAGGUGGUAGAGGAGCAAAGAUGUCACGGAAAUUAAGCUUGCCUACUGAGCUAAAGCCAGACUUGGUCCUCUUGUCCGUAUACCCGCCGCGGGGUGGCAACCCACUAGACCACCGGGACAAUUCCUUCAGCCGCUCGCGCUCCUCCAGCGUCACCAGCAUCGACAAGGAGGCCAAAGAAGCCGUCCUCUCCUUCCACUUCUGCGAGAGCUACGCCCGCAAGGGGGACGGCGCCUCGUCGCCUUGCCUUUUUGCGGGCACCUCGCUGGGGACCGUCCUGGCUCUGACCCUUACGCUGCCGCUGGCCGGAGAGCAGAGGCAACUGCAGCCCGUUAUCCUGUCGCCCACAGGCAUGUUGAUCCGACUGAAGGGAAGUAUCUUACGGUUGGCUUUCUUGGACUCCGCCGGUGGCCUCUUGCCCCCUGCGUACGACCCUUGGUUCGAACCCAACGUCUCGGCAGACGGCGAAGAACGAGAGAAGGUCCGCAAACGCCGGCCCGUGUCUGUUUCGCCAUCCAGCUCGCAGGAUCUUAACGAGAGCCACUACGCCGUGAUGUGCUCGGAGAAGCAGGCCAAGGUCUUGUCGCUGCCCAGCCAGACGUGCAUCUACAAGCACAGCAUCACGGAGGCCUCGUUCGUCCUACGUGCAGACGUGGUCCAGAUGAGCCGAGGCGUGUGUCUUGCCUGCUUCUGUGCUAACGGCCAUAUCAUGACCCUUAGUCUACCGGGACUGAGACCCCUCAUGGAUGUAAACUACCUGCCUGUAACGGACAUGAGGAUAGCCAGGACCUUCUGCUUCACAAACCUGGGUCAGGCCAUGUACCUCUGCUCCCCCACCGAAGUGCAGAGGAUCACGUACAGCCAGGACACCUGCGAGAACCUACAGGAAAUGCUUGGUGAAUUGUUUACACCAGUGGAGACACCAGAGGCCCCCAACAGGGGCUUCUUCAAAGGUCUUUUUGGGGGCGGAGCACAGUCACUAGACAGAGAAGAGCUAUUCGGCGAGGAAGUCGCCGGACGAGCGUCCCGGAGCCUGGCCCAGCACAUCCCGGGUCCCGGCGGCAUCGAGGGCAUGAAGGGGGCGGCGUCCGGCGUGGUGGGCGACCUGGCCCGCGCCCGGAUAGCGUUGGACGAGCGAGGACAGAAGCUAGGCGAGCUGGAGGAGAGGACGGCAGCCAUGAUGUCCAGCGCCGACAACUUUUCCAAGCAUGCCCACGAGAUGAUGCUGAAGUGCAAAGAUAAAAAAUGGUACCAGUUCUGAUGGCCGUUCGCACUGGUCGCCUUCGUGACGGUUGCGACCUGCCGCUCUGUUGCGUUCAGUCAUCCCCCCUCCAAGCCUUUCACUCAGACACUUGGGAUUUUUCUUCCCUUAGCACAAUGUCCCAUACUGUUCUUACCUCACUCUCAUUGAGGGGGGACACACACAGGGAACAAGUACAUUAUUUGUGUGUGUGUGUGUGUGUGUUUCCCAUGUUCUUGUCUCUUUUUGUUUGUUUUUUUGUUUUUUUUGUUUUAUGGCUCGCACAAGAGUUUUCAUUCUCAUUUUGCCAAACCGUCCCUUGGACUGAUGUCAGUAUUUAAACUGGACUAAUAGCUAAGACUUUGGAAUAUUGUUCAAAUGUACAAAAAAAAAAAUUAAAAAAAAAAAAAUUAAAAUAUGUCAUAAUAUAUAGAUACAAAUCUAAAUGUUACAAC